GAAAAGGUAAACAAAAACAUUAAGUCUUAACAAUUUUUUGUUUUUUUUUUAAUGAAAAAUUGAAUAAAAUGGAGACAAAUAACGAUGGAGACACUCAAUUGCAAGAACUACUUUUGGAAUAUCAUGGAAAUCAAAAGUCUUCCGACUCUAAUGAAGAAUUAGAUGAAGAUAUCAUCAACACUUUAUGUCGUACUUGCUUAAAAAAGUCUCCGGAUGUCGAAUUACAAUCGAUGUUUGAGCAAUUUACGUUUAUUCCGGCGUUUUUAAUGUCUUUUGCUGCUGUAGAAAAGCCUCUGCAAGGCGAUGGAUUGUCAGAAUUCAUUUGUACGAACUGCAUCGAUCAGGUCAACGAAACUUACAACUUUAGAAAACAAAUUGAAGCAGCUGACAUGGAGUUGCGACAAGUAAUUAAGGAAUGUAACAGCGACGAGGAUGGCUUAAUUGAAGAACAGCUCGUUACGGAAGAUUAUACAAAUUUGGAUGAUCUUGAUAUGGAAGACAUUCUUUCUUGUCGAAUUCCGUUUCCAUUAACAUCGGAUGAAAACAUAAUUGAGUCAGAAACUAAAGAGAUAAAGAUUUCUUCGCAUGUUUGUAUCAACUGUCAAGCAGCUUUCGAGACUUCAGAAAUUUUGGAAACUCAUCUUAAUCAAUGUCAUCCAACAAAUCUCAAAUGUAAACAUUGCAAGGAGACAUUUACGCAUGAAUUCGACUAUAAUUUACAUCAAUCCUUGCAUUCAAAUUCUUAUGUUUGUACUUUUUGCAAAAAGGACUGUAAAGAUAGGAAAAGUCAACGACGCCAUAUUGCAAUUCAUUUUAAAGACAAACCUUUUAAAUGUUCGGAAUGUUCGCAACAAUUCGCUGAACAAGCAUCUCUUACACGACAUCGGAAAAAGCAACAUUUAGGAGUUCAACGCAUCAAAAAGUUUCAUUGUGAUUCAUGUCAACAACAAUUUUACGACAAAUACACGUUAGAAGUUCACAUCAGAGCGAAGCACACGCUUGUUAAACCAUUUUCUUGUUCACAGUGUGAUAAGAGCUUCGUAGAUAAACGUCUUUUGAAAUCCCAUUUAAAAAUUCAUUCGGAUACGAAAAAUUAUGUAUGCGAUUUGUGUAGCAAAGCUUUCAAACAUCAAUCAACUUUGGUUCUUCACAUGCGAAAUCACAGCUCCGAUCGCCCAUUCAAAUGCGAAAUUUGCAACAUUUCCUUCAAACAAAGAAGUACAUUAAACAGCCACGUAUUAAUGCACACCGGUGUCAAACCAUAUGUUUGUAAAAUUUGCGAAAAGAGAUUUACAGCAUCGAGUUCGUUAAAAACUCAUGAAAGAUCGCAUGUCGAUCAAAAACCAUUUCAAUGUGAAAUUUGCAAGAAAAAGUUCGCACGAAAGGAUUUGAGAGCGCAUUACGCUACACACACAAACCAAAAAGACUUUAGUUGUCCCGAAAUGGGCUGUGAUAAAGCUUAUGCGACACAGAGUUUGCUUAAUACGCAUCGAAAAAUAAAACAUUCAGAUGAAAAUCCGUUCGUUUGCACGCAAGAAGGAUGCAAAAGGAAAUUUUCUUCAGAAAUUAAUUUACAAAAACAUCUGAAAGCACAUGCUCGAGCAGCGACAAAUCAACAAAGCGACUUGGAAUUGACAAUUUCUCAACAUAAUUUGUUCAACAGUGAGAGUUCAAUAUCGUUUGCGUUGAGUGUGAUGGAUGAAUUGGACCAAUUUAUGAAACAGAAUCAAACUUCAACGACAUUUGCGUCGAAAUAA